AUGGCUCGCGAUGUUCAUAACCCUCUUCUUUUUGAAAUAGCUUGGGAGGUUGCAAACAAAGUUGGUGGAAUAUACACUGUUAUAAAAUCCAAAGCUCCCGUUACUGUUCACGAAUAUGGCGAUAGCUACACUUUAAUUGGCCCUUUAAACUAUAGAACUGCUGCUGCUGAAGUGGAAUCUGAACCUGUAUCUAAUACUUACAUGAAAGAAAUUCUUCAGGAUAUGACUUAUCAAGGUAUCAAAUGGAUGUAUGGUAGAUGGUUAAUCGAAGGUGCUCCUCGCGUCCUUCUCCUUGAUACUACUUCUAUCAUUGAGAGACUUGAUUCAUGGAAGGCUGAUUUAUGGAAUGUGGCUGGUAUUCCCUCUCCUCCAAAUGAUCAAGAAACAAAUGAUUCGGUUCUUUUUGGUUACCUCGUUGCAUGGUUCUUGGGUGAUUUUGUUGCCAGAGAAAAAACCAGAGCUAUAAUAGCUCAUUUUCACGAAUGGCAAUCUUCAUGCGCUAUUCCUCUUAUGCGUAAAAGACGUACUGAUGUGACUACAAUCUUUACCACUCAUGCUACCUUAUUGGGUCGUUAUCUAUGUGCUGGUUCCACUGAUUUUUACAAUAACAUUACUAAAUUUUCUGUGGAUGAGGAAACUGGCAAGCGUGGUAUAUAUCAUCGUUAUUGUAUAGAACGUGCCGCUGCCCAUUGUUGUGAUGUGUUUACCACUGUGAGUCAGAUUACCGCUUUUGAAGCUGAACAUUUAUUAAAAAGAAAACCAGAUGGUGUACUUCCUAAUGGUUUGAACGUAAUCAAAUUUUCUGCCAUGCAUGAAUUCCAAAAUUUGCACGCAAAGAACAAAGAAAAAAUUCAUAAUUUUGUUCGUGGCCAUUUUUAUGGUCAUUAUGAUUUCGAUCUUGAUAAUACUUUAUAUUUUUUCACCGCUGGUCGUUAUGAAUAUAGAAAUAAAGGCGUUGAUAUGUUUAUAGAAUCUUUAGGCCGUCUUAAUGCUCGUCUAAAAGCUUGUAACUCGCCAGUGACUGUCGUUGCUUUUAUCGUAAUGCCUGCUGCUACACAAUCAUUUGCUGUUGAAUCUCUAAAAGCACAAGUUGUAACAAAACAACUUCAAGAGACUGUAAAAGAAAUCACUGAUCGAAUUGGUCAGAGAAUAUUUGAGAAAGCUGCUCGAUACACUGGUGGUGAUAUUAAUGAAGCUGUCAUUGAUCCUCUUGAACUCCUCACUAAUGAGGAAAAAGUGCUUUUAAAACGUCGUGUAAUUGCUCUCAAACGUAGUACUUUACCGGCAAUAGUUACACAUAAUAUGUGUGAUGAUAAUUCUGAUCCAAUUUUAAUGCAAUUACGUCGUCUUCAACUUUUUAAUCAUCCAACCGAUCGUGUGAAAGUAAUUUUCCACCCUGAAUUUUUAAAUUCUAAUAAUCCUCUAAUUGGUUUGGAUUACGAUGACUUUGUUCGUGGUUGCCAUCUUGGUGUUUUUCCCAGUUAUUAUGAACCUUGGGGAUACACUCCUGCUGAAUGCACUGUAAUGGGUGUACCUUCAAUAACAACUAAUCUAUCUGGUUUUGGUUGUUUCAUUGAAGAAGUUGUUGAAAAUUCUUCUGAUUAUGGUAUAUACAUAAUAGAUCGUAGAAUGAAAUCCGUUGAAGAAUCUGUUCAACAAAUUGUUGAUUGUAUGUUACAAUUCUGUCAAAAAUCAAGACGUCAAAGAAUUAAUCAGCGUAAUCGAACUGAAAGAUUAUCCGAUUUAUUGGAUUGGAAAUUAAUGGGAAUGGAAUAUGUUAGAGCAAGAAAAUUAGCUUUACAUCGUGCUUACCCUGAUAGUUUUAUGGGUUCUGAUCUUGGUGAUUUUCAACAAUAUAAAUUCAAAAUUCCUAGACCAUUUUCUGCCCCCGCUUCUCCUAAAAUUAAGGGUAGUAAUAACUCGGAUAGUGUUGAUGAUAUAUCAGAACAGAUGGCUGCUUUUGGUUUUGGGAUGGGUCAAGAUGAUGAAGAUGAAUAUCCGUUUCCUAUGAUCUUAAAGAGAA